AUGCCAUCCGAAAAGUAUAAAGAAGAGGAAAACAGGAUCUCAGAGGCCUUAGAGAUACUUAGGAAAAAUCCGAAGCAAAAAAUCAAGCCGUUGGCGCGUCAAUUUGGCGUGGAUUACCAACGGCUCCGGCGACGCGUGUUAGACGGCACUUCUCAACUAAACCGACGACCAGCGCACAAGCGAUUGACAGAAGAUCAAGAACGCGCUAUAAUUCUAUGGAUGAAUGAUCUAGAUGAUAGAGGAAUCCCUCCAACCGUUCGCAUGAUUAAAAACUACGCGGAUAAAGUGCUUCAAAAUAUGCACCCUGGCGCGGAUAACCCCCCUCAACUCGGGGAUCGCUGGGUCUAUCGCUUCCUCAAACGACUGCCCAAAGAAUACGUCAAAAUGAAGCAAAAGACUAUUGAUCCAAAGCGACAUCUUGCUGAGAACCCGAGCGUUAUACAGGCCUGGUUUGACCGUCUAGAAACUGCAAUAGAACGCUAUAAGAUUACACCAUCUAAUAUUUGGAACUUUGACGAAUCUGGAUUUCAAAUUGGACAAGGGGGGGAUGAAGAAGUUGUAACAAGAUAUCCGGAUGCUUUAAGGCACGUUCCUAGCUCUUCUUCACGGGAAUUGGUUUCCACAAUAGAGGGUAUAAGCGCGGUUGGGAAUACGAUUCCUCCAUUGCUUAUUUUUACUGGAAAGGUUAUCCUUGAGAGCUGGUUCCAAUAUCUCAAAGAAGAUGAGUGGAAAGUGACUAUAAGCGAAACAGGCUUUUCAAAUGAUGAGAUUGCGUACGAUUGGCUCAAACAUUUCAAUGAGCAUACACGAGAACAAGCAGGAAACGAUUUUCGUCUACUUUUUAUGGAUAAUCAUGAGGCUCAUCUUACGUCUGAGUUCUUAUCCUAUUGCGACGACUAUAGGAUUAUUCCCUUUGCUUUUCCGCCUCAUACAACACAUCUUUUACAGCCUCUAGAUGGGUUGCCAUUCUUACAAUAUAAACGCGUUCAUAGAAGGGCUAUCAACGAGCAAGCGCACCUUGGAGGUUAUUUUUACGAUAAGAUCGAUUUUUUGGCCAAUAUUGCUCGUGACCUCCAAGAAGGGCAAGAGUUGCUAAUUUAUGAUGGCAAUGAGGAGCCGGAUAUCUCAAGUUCACCCACCAAUGCUUCAUUUUCUCCGCCAACUACUGCGUAUAAGCUUCAAAGAUCAAUUACUAAGGUUGACGCCCAGCUGAAUGAGAUUUCCGACGUGAUUCCUAGUAUUCGGAGGAGUCUAAAAAAGAUUUUUGACGGAAGCCUCACGCAGGCCCAUCUUAAAGAUCAACAACAGGCUCAAAUCGAGCGCCUCCAAACGCUCAAUGAACGCAAAUCCGCCAAAAAAACUAAGCGCCAGGUGCAAAUUGGAGGUAUCCUCACUGUAAAGGAUGCGAAUAGAGCCAUCAAAAAGCGUGCUACAGCUGAGGAAAAGAAGGCCGAGAGGAAGAGGCUCAAAGAGCUACGGCAAGCAGCAUUGGGAUCAAUGCCUCCCCCGCUUACGCAAAGUGACGAGGCGGCGAUUGAUCGUAAUACUCUAUUGAAUUUGAUUGAGCAGGCUUACCCAAGAUGCUCAGAUCCAAAUUUAAUUCGUUGGGUUGACGAGAGAAUGUAA